GCUAGUUUUCUCUGCUCUACUACCUACUCCAUUCAAACCAAAGAAGCAGAAGAGAAUGGGAACCAAGGUCUCUAAGCAGGUCGAAAGGCGCAAGGCGAUCUCGACUGAGAAGAAAACCCUGUGUGGUCUGCAUGAAACUUGCGGCGAGAACUUUCCAGACUGUUCAUACAAGCCUGCAGACAGGAAAAACUGGAUGGCUGGGAUCAACCCUGAGAAGGUUCACAUAAAUCAGAUUGUCUGGCCAGGUACUCAUGACUCUGCAACCAACAGGAUUGGAGUCCCCUGCGUCACUAGGCCUUUUGCUCAGUGCCAGAACCUCUCCAUCUACAAACAGCUAGUCAAAGGCACCAGAGUUCUUGACAUUCGAGUUCAGGAGGAUCGCCGAGUCUGUCAUGGGAUUCUCACCACUUACAGCGUUGAUGUUGUGAUCAAUGAUGUCAAGAAGUUUUUAUCUGAAACGGAGAAGGAGAUCAUCAUCCUUGAAAUCCGAACUGAGUUUGGACAUGAUGACCCUCCUAACUUUGACAAGUACUUGGUGGAGCAAUUUGGGGAGCUUUUGAUCCACCAGGAUGACAAUGUGUUCAACAAGACUAUUUCGGAGCUGCUGCCGAAGAGGAUCAUAUGUGUUUGGAAGCCUAGGAAGUCUCCUCAGGCUAAGGCAGGGAGUCCAUUGUGGAACUCUGGGCACUUGAAGGAUAAUUGGAUCGACACGGAUUUGCCAUCCACGAAAUUCGAGAGCAAUCUGAAGAAUUUGAGUGAGCAGCCACCGGUUACAUCAAGGAAGUACUUUUAUAGGGUGGAGAACACUGUGACACCUCAGGCUGAUAACCCUAUCUUGUGUGUGAAGCCUGUGACAGGGAGAAUACAUGGAUAUGCAAGGCUGUUUAUAACUCAGUGCUUCUCUAGAGGUUGUGCAGAUAGGUUGCAGAUCUUCUCUACAGAUUUUAUUGAUGAUGAUUUCGUUGAUGCCUGCGUUGCGGUUACAUAUUCAAGAAUUGAAGGGAAGGCAUGAUUUUUUGUGAUUUUGUUCAUAUGUACAUGUUUAACUCUUAAUUUUUUUUUCUUAAUCUUUCUGUGUUCAUUUCUUCUGUACGUUAUAUCUUAUCGUUUGUCUGCACGUCACUCUCUGUGUUUGUAUUGUAAUUCAUGAGGAUUGGGAUGUGAAUAUUGUUAUUUGGCAUUGUACAUUGCUAUUGAAACAUUAGUCUCUAUGUGACCAAGCCCUUUUCUUCCUGUAUUACGGCAACAAGAAAAAUAAGCAUCGUUGU